AUUUUAUAACUUGUGUAACAUUUAUUGGAUGACAGGAAGUGAAAGGAAUUGCAUAUAAGAGCUGUGAAUUUGCAAUAAAGUCUUGCAUUUAAUUCUAAGCAGUCGAGACCAUCAUGGAUUAUAAACAUUUUGUGGAAUUAGCAUUUUUCUUAGUUAUUUGCUCUUUUUGUUGUGCAACAGUAUUUGCCGAAGAAUGCCCUGCUGAAAGAGACAAGGAUUGGUCUUAUGAUUCAAACUUACCUAAUGGUCCACAGCAUUGGGCUGACAAGUAUCCUAAUUGCAAUGGAACAUCUCAAUCUCCCGUUAACAUAAUAACAAGAGAAACCGAGAGCAGUGGAGCGCGUCAGAGGCUUAAACUUAAUGGCUACGAUGAACCUAUCGGCAACGUCUCUAUAAGGAACACUGGUUCAGCAAUUGUUAUAACGCCUCAAGAUGGAGUUGAAAGGUCAGUCACGUUUGACGGUAAGAAGUAUACAUUACAACACUUCGCUUUCCAUUGGGGUAACGAAACACACAAAGGAUCGGAGCUCGUGAUAAAUAAUGGAAGAUAUACGAUGGAGACUAAUUUAAUUCAUGAGAACGAAGGAAAAAUAGUUGCUGUUGCAGGAUUCCUUGAGGAAACCCAUCAACUAAACUCAGCUCUAUACAACAUUUUGUCAGUUAAGGAUGCAUUUCAAUAUGAAGGACAAAGUUUCGAAGGAGAAAUUCAACUGCUGAGCUUAGAUUCGCAUAGACGGGGCAAGAUUUAUCUGGAAGACCUGAUUGACAACAACUGUCCUUUCUACAGAUAUGAGGGCUCCUUAAGUUUUCCUCCAUGUAUUGAAGGAAUCACAUGGUUGGUAUGCAGAAAUCAGAAAGCUGUAUGCAGUUAUCAAGUAUGUACAGAUUCAUUUUAAUUUUUGUGUGCAUUG